GGGCAGCGCCGGUAGGCCCCGCUCCCGGCCCUCAGGCACCUGGACUUUCAGGCGGUGUCGAGAGCCACGCGAUCCGUCAGGUAGAAGAAUACAUGUUCACUUUUAGUGAACAAGAGCAUGUUCCCAAACUCAAUUUUGGGUCGCCCUCCUUUUACUCCAACUCAUCAACCACACAGUAACUUCUUUGCCCUGUCACCACCUCUAUAUUCACACCAGCCGCUUAUAGAUGCACAGUUCAACUUUCAGAAUGCAGACUUGUCUAGAGCUGUGUCAUUACAGCAGUUGACAUAUGGAAAUGUCAGCCCAAUACAGACCUCAGCCUCUCCAUUAUUCCGAGGAAGGAAGAGAUUAAGUGAUGAACAAAACCUUCCUCUUGAUGGUAAACGCCAACGUUUCCAUUCACCUCACCAAGAGCCAACUGUAGUUAACCACCUAGUGCCUUUAUCAGGGGAAAGAAGAUACUCAAUGCCACCAUUGUUUCAUGCACACUUUGUACCAGAUAUAGUCAGAUGUGUUCCUCCUUUUCAAGAAAUAUCAUUUUUGGAACCCAGAGAAAUUACGCUGCCAGAGGCCAAAGAUAAGUUGAGCCAGCAGAUACUGGAGUUAUUUGAAGCUUGUCAGCAGCAAGUAAGUGAUCUAAAGAAGAAAGAACUUUGUCGAACUCUGCUGCAGAGAGAAAUCCAGCUGUUAUUUCCACAAAGCAGGCUUUUUUUGGUUGGGUCCUCACUGAAUGGAUUUGGUACACGGAGCAGUGAUGGUGAUCUUUGCCUGGUUGUUAAAGAGGAACCAUGUUUUUUUCAGGUUAAUCAGAAGACUGAAGCACGGCAUAUACUCACCUUAGUCCAUAAACACUUCUGUACUAGACUUUCUGGCUAUGUUGACCGACCUCAGCUGAUUCGAGCAAAAGUGCCAAUUGUUAAGUUCAGGGAUAAAAUUCAUUGCGUGGAGUUUGACUUGAAUGUAAACAAUAUUGUUGGAAUAAGAAACACAUUCCUUCUCAGAGCUUACGCAUACCUUGAAAAUCGAGUUCGUCCGUUAGUAUUGGUGAUUAAGAAGUGGGCAAGUCACCAUGACAUAAAUGAUGCCAGUCGUGGUACUUUAAGCAGCUAUAGUCUUGUUUUGAUGGUUUUACACUAUUUACAAACCCUACCUGAACCCAUCCUUCCAUCACUCCAAAAAAUUUACCCAGAAACUUUUAGCCCUGCUAUACAGCUGCACCUUGUACAUCAAGCUCCAUGUAAUGUUCCUCCUUACCUCUCAAAGAAUGAAUCAAAUCUUGGGGACCUCUUACUGGGCUUUCUUAAAUAUUAUGCUACAGAGUUUGACUGGGACAGUCAGAUGAUUUCAGUUCAUGAAGCCAAAGCGAUACCAAGGCCUCAUGGUAUUGAAUGGAGAAAUAAAUUCAUCUGUAUAGAAGAACCUUUUGAUGGAACAAAUACAGCCAGAGCAGUGCAUGAAAAGCAGAAGUUUGAUAUGAUCAAGGAUCAAUUCCUAAAGUCAUGGCACAGAUUGAAAAGCAAGAGAGAUUUGAACAGUAUACUACCUUUAAGAACUGCGAUCCUGAAAAGAUAACUGGCCAUUGUUUCUUGAUACAGUCUUCUGAGAAAUAAAGAACAAUAGUAACACAAUGCAUUUUGUUUACCUCUAUCAUGCUUCUUUUAAAUUCUUCUUGUUUUCAUGUUUAUUUUUAAAAUGACAUACUUAUACAUAAAGAUUAUAUAUUUUAUUAUGGCAUUUCCUAAUAAAAUUCUUUGAUUUAAAAAUGUAUUUUUGAAAAUGUUUACAUUUACAGUUAGUAAUAUUAUGGCAUGCAUUAUCAGGAGUCUAGAUGAAAUAUUUUAGAGGGAAAUUACCUGAACAAAUAAGAGAUUUUCAAUAUAACUUCAUUUAAUUGUACUACAUGCUAACACUGAAGAGAUUAGAGGGAUUUUAGAAAGAUUCUGGUUCAUACAUGCUAAAAAUGUAACCUACAGUAGAGAGAAUUUGCUUAAAUCUAUUCUGGUGAAGUUGAGAUUCAAGUCAGUUAUUCAGUUACUUGAAACAAAAAGAAAUUUUAUUUCAGCUCACAUUUCUGUGAAAUCACUGCAAAAACCUGUAAGACUGGACAAUUGCCUUCAGUCUUCACUUGACUUACUGAGACAGACUGAGGCUUUGGAUAUGUCUCUAGUAUUUCAUUUGUACCUCAUAGGCUUUUGAUGUACUCUGGAGAUUGCUUUAAAUUUUGUGUUGAAAUAAUAAAACAUUUUGCACUGUAGUAAUAUGAGCACUAACUGUAUUGUACAGCAGUUAGUGGAUCGUUUUAAGAAUCAGUUCAGUGUAGGCAUUCUGAAAAGUCCCCUGUGCUUUUAUAAUAGCUUAGUGCGAUGUGCACUUUUGCUUUACUUUGUGUUUUCCUGCCUUUGUUUUCCUGUGACACAAAGCAACAAGAACUGAAAGAUCAAAGUUAAGAUUAUGUCCUAUAUAUAAUAUCAGAUUUUUUUCUGUGUACAAUUAUAGGGUUAUAAUCUAAACUGGAAGUUGUAGGCAGUAAGCCACUAUAAAAUAUCUUAAACAAGACAUACAAAAUUAUUGUUAAAAACUUAAUGUUUGUAAUGAUAUUUUUUUUAGUAUUUUCCACAUAGUGGUGGCUGCUAAAAAGGCUACGUUUAUUAAGGUUGCUUUUGAUUUAUGUAAAUAUUUGUAAAUUGGUCAGUGCCUGUAAAUUUCAAUAUAAAAAGUAAUCCUGAAACCAGUUUUAACUUUUUCAAAAGGACUGGUACAACUCUUUUAGACCUGCUGUAGGCAGUUUGUACCUCUAAUGUAGUUGUUUUUUGCAGAUCAAUUCGAAGGCUAAAACUUUUGCUUUUCUCUGACUUGUAAAAGGUGCAUAUUUUGAUUUUCUUCUUUAAGUUUCAAUUUUUUGUAUGAUGUCAAAUGAAAUAAAGUUUAUAUAUGGAAA